UGUUUUGCUCGGCGGUCCGCUCCGGAACACGCCGGCGAGCCGCUGGUAGGGAUGAACGGUCCUCCCCGCUUAUCGCAUGAAGAGUCUAGACGCCGCCGAGUCCUGCGAUGCUGAACGAGGCGAGGGAAGCGUACCCCUUCGUGGAAGACAGCUUCACCCGGUUCCUGUCUCAGAGUAACAUCUACGGACUCUGCCAGGCCGGAGAACAGGAGCUGCUGGCCGCCACCCUCAAAGGCAAAGUGGUGUGUUUCAGAUACCAAGAUCUGCAGCGGAAAAUCAGACCUGUGGCGAAAGAGGUGCAGUUCACCUACAUCCCAGUUGAUGCAGAGAUUGUAUCUAUUGAUGCCUUUAACAAGUCCCUGCCUAAGAGAGGGCUGGUUGUUGGAAUCACCUUUAUAAAGGACUCUGGAGACAAAGCCACCCCAUUCCUUAACAUCUACUGUGACUAUGAGCCUGGUUCAGAGUUUAACCUGGAGUCAAUUGCACAGAGUUGCCUGAAUCUGGAGUUGCAGUUCACUCCCUUCCAGCUCUACCACACAGAAGUGCAGUGCAAAGACGGAGGCAGCGAAACCGUGUUCCUGCUCAGCGGUCACGACCAGAGGAUUCACCUCUACAAGGAGAACGCCUCCCUUCACCAGUUUGAGGAGCAGCCGGUGGAGAGACUUUUCCCCGAGCUACAAGAACUGCCUAGCAAUGUGUUAUGGCUGGAUGUUCUGAGUAUCCCCGAUGGUCGACGUCUCUCAGCAUUUGGUUGUCAAAAUGGCUGUGUUGGGCUGGCUCUGGUCGACCAGAGAGGACCAGAGAUUUUGCAGAGCUGGCGAAUACAACAGGACAGUCCUAUCUCCACAGUUCUACUGUUUCCGUUGAACUGCCAGACGGAGCCAAACAAGACAACGGAAGAGAAAAAUGUGGAAACCCAGUGUUAUAAUCUUCUGGUAACCAGCACCAUAGAGAUGGCUGUUGUCUACAGAGAUGUCCAGGAGCGUGGUAUGAGUCAUCCAGUGUGUCUUUCAGAGAGUGACCAGUGGGAUGCAGUCCUUUGUGCUUUGGUCAUUGACCUGGAUUUUGAUGGGCAGAAGGAGGUGCUGUUGGGAACCUAUGGACAGGAACUGCUUUGUUAUAAAUUCCAACAGCCAGUAAGAGGAACUAGCGGACAGUUUCAGCUGCUGUGGAGGCGAAGCUUCAAGAGUCCCUUGUUGUCCAUCAUCUAUCUUGACUUGACAGGGGAUGGCUUAAGAGAGCUAGCGAUCCUUACACUGAAAGGACUUCAUAUCAUGCAGCAUAGUCUUACCUGUACAGCUGAACUGGUGCUUCAGCGACUGGCCAAAAGGGUGUCCAUGCUCACUGGGCGCUCUGAGCCCGGGACAGCCACAGGCCAAGACUCGAAAGAGAAGGACACUCCCAAUAGGAAAGAAGAGCGUACCAUACAUCCGCCAUCAAAUUGAAAAAGCAAAUGUACACAGCCUUUUGUUUUACCUGUGCCGCUGACGGUGGGUCAGACUGGAGUAGUACUCGUAUGCGGUACGGAGGACGGUCUCAUUCAAAUGCCCCGAAUGAGUUUAGUAGGUUGUGAUGAGACCUAAACAGGACUCAUAAUGGUCUUUAUGCUUUCAUCAAGGGAGGAAAGAGGUGAUGGAAAAGGGGGGAAUCAAACAAAAGGAAUGUUUUGUGAGAGGUCGAAGUCAUCCUCACACUUUGGGAAAUACAAACAGUGUUGACGAAGCAUCAGCUUCUUAAAACCGCAGCCUGUAUUUAUGCAUUUGUUGAAUAAUACUGUAGGCUAUAAGCGCUAUGCAAUUACACAAUAGGGAAUCAUGCGAUAAUUUGUAAAUCGUAAAUAAAAAAGAUGCUCCAAGUGU